GCGCCUAUGCCCCGAAAAUAUUUGCAAGCUCCAGCUAGCUCCAGAUAUGCAGAUCCAGCCAGCGCGCGUUCUACAAAUUUUGGUAACUGCCCUGUAAUUCACGGCAUAAUUAACCUCGCAAGACCGACGUAUUUUCACACUUUCAAAGAGAAAUCAGAGGUUCAUUCAAGAGUAACCAUGGCAAUGCAAAUGCACAAUGCUGAGCAGGAAGUUUCUGAGGAAUUCGGACCACUAGGUAUCAGCAGACUUGAAAGUAGCGGAAUAAGUUCCAAUGAUGUGAAGAAGCUAGAGGAAGCAGGCAUGCACACUGUGGAAUCAGUGGCUUAUUCAACCAAGAAAGAACUAUGUGCUGUUAAAGGUAUCAGUGAGGCCAAGGCAGAUAAGAUCCUGAAUGAGGCUCAGAAGCUUGUUCCAAUGGGUUUCACCACUGCUACUCAGUUCCAUCAACAGAGGUCAGAGAUUAUUCAGGUCACAACUGGCUCGAAGGAACUUGAUAAACUUCUGCAAGGUGGUAUAGAGACUGGUUCUAUCACUGAAAUCUUUGGAGAGUUCAGAACUGGAAAGACUCAACUCUGUCAUACUAUGGCUGUUACUUGUCAGCUUCCUAUCGAUAUGGGUGGAGGAGAAGGAAAAUGUUUGUACAUAGAUACAGAGGGUACAUUCCGACCGGAGAGACUAAUUGCUGUAGCAGAUAGAUACAAUCUAUCAGGAAGUGAUGUUUUGGACAAUGUAGCAUACGCUAGAGCCCAUAACUCGGAUCAUCAGUCUCAACUUCUCCUUCAAGCUUCAGCUAUGAUGGCAGAAUCAAGGUAUGCAUUGCUGAUAGUGGACAGUGCUACAGCACUUUAUCGUACAGACUAUUCAGGACGAGGUGAGCUAGCAUCAAGACAGAUGCAUAUGGGACGCUUUCUAAGGACGUUGCUCAGACUUGCUGAUGAGUUUGGUGUUGCUGUGGUGAUAACCAACCAGGUCGUUGCUCAAGUAGACGGUGCAGCGAUGUUCACAUCUGAUCCUAAGAAACCAAUAGGAGGUCACAUCAUGGCUCAUGCUUCCACUACAAGGUUAUAUCUGAGGAAAGGUCGAGGUGAGACCAGGAUAUGUAAGAUCUACGAUUCCCCAUGCCUUCCUGAAGCCGAGGCAAUGUUUGCUAUCAAUGCUGACGGUAUCGGUGACGCCAAGGACUGAUCUUAUCAAUGCUAUCACCGGAAAAGUUUAUGAACUCUUUAUUAUCAGGGCCAACCUGAGAUGGCCUACCUUGUAUGGACAUUGGUUUAGUUAAUCUUGCUUCGAUUAGAUGAGAUCAUGGUGCACCAUAGUGGUACAUAGAGUCGGGACAUUGGAACAAUAUCUAUGAAGACUAGACUGGGAAUAUCCUGAUCAGCCUGGAUAUCAUUAAUGUCAUAAUCUCAUAUUCCAUGCUAAUCUUCUCAAUGUAUCUUCUCCCAUAUUUUCUGUUGAGAUUGAACUUCUGAUUGAGCCAUUUGUACAUAGCUUGUACUACCAGAAGAUUUCUUAAAUAUAGUGUAUUGUAUGAAAGGACAUCAAUUCAUUUACUACUGAUGCUUUGUUACAUGUACUCUGUAUAAUACAUUGUUCAGCAGAUCAUUUCUUGUUUUUGUGAUCAAUAUCGUUACCCUAAUAAGACGGGAGGAGGGGGGGGGGAGCCGAUUCAGCCCCCCUCAACAUUUUUAAUGAUAAAUCCGCUGCGCAAUUUUUUUUACCGCGUUGCUCACUGACUUUUUACCUUUUAACCCUAAAUCUUCCGGGGUAUUUUGAUUCUUGUCAUUCCCUGGGGGGGGGGGGCAUUAUGGCCCCCCCUUAAGACCUCACCCGCGGAUUGCGCGAUCACAACGAAAAUUUGCAUGAUGGUAGAGAAUGACGUAAUCUACUCAGUUGCAUUGGUAAAUUUCACUGAAUUUAUAUAUUUUUAUUUUAUAUGAAUUAAUUAUGCUAAUUUAUUCAUGAAAUCAUACUUUUUGCUCUGAUUCACUAAAUAAAGCUCCUAGAAUGCUAUUUUUUGGUGAAAAUAUUCUUUAUAGCAUUCCUAACAAUUGUGAAUGAAAAAAAUUUUGGUACCAAGACCGAUUUCUUAUGUAUUUUUAUUGUUUUUUAAAUUUCUUAUGUAUUUCUUUGUUUUCUAUGGAAAUCAUUCCAGACUUAAUUCUGAUCAUAAACAAGGCAAAAUUAAUUAAGUUUAAUCAGUAAAAGUAGAAAUAAUGAUACAUUUAUGAAUUUUGGCUAAAUACACAAUUUGCAUUUGAUUUGUACAUGAAAUCACGUUUAUGAGCAAUUUUGGGUCUGACAUGCACUUACAUAAUGUCGUAAUUGCGUACCCGGGCGUCACAAAUUUGGUCUCAAAAUUUGCGUGAGUAAAAAGUCAGUGAGCGGCGAGGUUAAAAAAUUUUGCGCAGCAGAUAUAUCGCGAAAAUUGUUGAGGGGGGGCCAUUAUGCCCCCCCCCCCCGGAAGAAUUAGGGUUAAGUCUCGUCCAACUUUUGAGACCAAAAUUGCAACUCCCAGGUUCACGGUUCUGAAAUUACGCAACAUUUUGUAAGUGUAUGCUGACCCAAAUAGAUGUAUCAUUAUUUCUCCUUGUACUGAUUAAACUCAAAUAAUUUCAUCUUAUUUAUGGUCAGAAUAAAGUCCCAGUUAAUUUCCAUCGAAAAGUUAAGAAUAUCAUUUACAAUGUAUCUAUUCAUUUCUUUUCAUUCUCAAGUACCACACUUUUUAAAGAUAAAUGUUUAGAAUACUUAGCAGUGAAAACCAUGUUCAUAAAUGUUAUAGAUUAUAAUUACAAGAGAUUCAAAGAUAAUUAGUACACUACUAACUGUUACCAAAUGACAUCAAAUAAAAAUACAUAUGCUUGAAGAUCUUCCAUAUAAAUAUAUACAUCUGAAAGUCUGUAUUUUAUCAAUGCGCUUUGCAUUGGUAUUAGUAGACAUAUAACACUGCUUCUGUGUUGGCAUGAGCAAUAGUUAGUGCAAAUGCUAAUUAAUUUGUAACUAAUUAAGUUCAUUCCAACUGGAAGUUCCAAUUGGACCAGGACCAAAAUCCAGUUGAAUCCAAUUAGAGCAAAACCAAUUGAAACCAGUUGGUCAACUGGUUUCAAUAGGGAAAUUGGAACAACUGGUUCCAAUUGAAACCAGUUACCAAUUGGUUCCAGUUAAAACCAAUUUGGCAAAAGGAACCAGUUGCCAAUUGGUUUCAAUCGGUUCCACUUGAAACCAAUUAGGCAACUGCAUCUCAGUUGGUUCCAGUUUUUCCAAUUUCCCUAUUUAAACCAAUAGAAUCCAAUCGGAUUUCCAGUUACCCAACUGGUUCCACUUAGAAGUCAUUUCCAGUUGGAAGACAUUUCCAGUAUCUCAACUGGUUCCAGUUAGGAUUUCAAGUAGCCCAACAGGUUUCAAUUGGAAAUUGUUAUAUUCCAGUUAAAACCAAUUGAAACCUAUUGAAACCAGUUGGAAAUCCAACUGGUUUCAAUUGGAUUUUGGUCCUGGGGCGUGCUAGCUAGCUGUCAAUAAUGAUUUUUUUUUUGGUGUGAAUUUGGUUUUUCUUUUGGUACUGUUAUUAAAAGCAAGGAUUUGUGGAAUCCCUGAUGUAAAUAUCCUCAAA